GGGAAGUGUUUGCAUUUCGGGGGAAAGACGCAUCUCUGAUACUGUCCAAAGCAGCUGAGAAGGAUCCCAUUGCGACGGGGGAAAAAAACGCAGUUCGGGCGCAUACGCUCUGGAGGUGGGACAGUCAAAAUGAUGCGUGGGAGGUGAAGCGUUGAGCCGUAUUGAUGGAUGUGUUAACAGACACCAGUCUCACAUUGAUCGUGAAGACUUCAGAACCAGAGAAUGCAAAUGUAGUGGAGAGUACAGCGGUAUGUGAGCAGAGUGGUGAUGUGAGUCUGUGCAGGCUCGUUGAUGCUGCUCUCCCUCCAUCCUCACCUCCUCCUGCGGCAGAGAAUUCACAGCAGGCCUGCCAAACGCACCAGAGGACCACACCUGCAUCACCAACCAUCCCCCUGUCCCUUGGCACUGACUCCUCUCUGAGUCUGACCGCGGCUCCCUUACCUUCCUCCGAUGAUGCUCCAACUGUAGUUCCCCACCUUCACCACACUUCCACUCCCACAUCACUUCCCAACCCACCUGUAAGCUCCUGGGGCCCAACAGGUGACACCCAGAAGACUUCCCUUUUGCUGCCUGUUGCCCUCCCUCUGUCAGCUACAAUGAUGGAGCCUAGUUCAGUGUCUGCCCUCACGGACGAGUGUCUUCUUCAGCCUACCCGCACCUGCCUUGGGUGCUUCAUUGAGACCCGUGAUGCCUCUCAUCCUAACCCCAUUCAGAACCCGCCCAGUGACCCUAACAACAACCCUGACACAGAGACAGGGCUCAGUGUAAGGAUAGGUGAUGUGAGCCGAGAAGACUUCUCUGACAUCAACAACAUCAGCAUCCAGUGUCUGAGCCAUGCGGGGGAGGCAGUGAGUCACUAUGGAGAACAGCUCCUCUCUGACCAGCUACUUAGCUUUCCUCUGCCGAAAGCCCCAGGUGAGGGCAAGAGAGUGGAUGGAAACAAAACAACAGAGGACUGUGAUGACCCAGAGGAUGAUGCAACAGCUAAGAACUUGUAUGAGGGACUGUUACUGGACAAAGUGAGUGGAGAGGAGGUUCUGUUGGCUAAUGCUGGCCAGGACUGGGGCUACUUUGAAUCUUUUAUCAGUGAGAGUAAGAUGGAACUGCUGGACCUUUGUUCUAAAAAUGAACUGUCUGUCAACCUAUUCUCUGAGGAAGAUGUUGACAAUCUAUUUGAUGAUGAAGACGAUGAUUCCACUUUAAGCAGUGAUGUCUGUUCGCUGAAGAUUCGUUAUGAGUCUUUCCAGGACAACAUGAGGGAAAAAACAAAUGUGCUCCAAGAGGAGACACAGUUUAACUUUUUCCCCAGUGUCCUGGCCAACUGUGCCAAGAAAGAGGAAGGAACAGGAGUCUUGAGGAAGAGUGCCGAGGAGCUUCAGCCCAAAACUGAUGAGCUCAUACUGGAGACAGGGCAGGAAGGAAAGUCUGGGGACUGCAGUGGUGGGAGUCCCCUUGAUGGCUCCCAAGGAUCACCCAUGUCUACUCCCAAAGUCAACUAUCUAAUGGACUUCAAUUCCACAGAGGAGUCCGGUGAAUUCAGCGAUGACAGCUCCUGCACUGGCUCCUCCUCAGACACCCUGCAGGAGGGCAAGUUUAAGAAGGGCCACUCAAAGAGAUUGCUCAGCCCUUCCAACCCUCUCAACUAUGGAUUGCGCUCCAAGAGAAAAGUUCGAUACAGUGAUGAUUACUUAUAUGACGUUGACUCGCUUGAGAGUGAAAAGAAUGCAGAGAAAAAAGAGAAAGCUCCAGCUGGUCAAAAAGAGGAGGAGGAUGUAGACUGGUGCCCUAAAAAACGUCGGAAAUCCUGUCGUAAAGAGCCACCAGUGGUCAUCAAGUACAUCAUCAUCAACAGGUUUAAAGGAGAGAGGCUCAUGUCAGUGAAACUGGGCAAGUUGGACCCUGCGGAUGCUACUGUGAGCUUAAACACAGACACAGUAAGCAAAUAUGAGACACUGGCUCCUCUGAAGGAUUUCUGGCAGGAGAGGCAAAGAGAGAGACAGGAACAGCUUAAGCUGGCUGCCAGAGAUAAACAACAACGUGGUUUUCAUCUAAACGGACGCCAUCAUCGCCCUUUUAAUUCUAAUCAUCCCAAAAGGAAAUACAAGAUUGCAAACAGGCUUAAGGUUCAGAGGAUUCCUACUGUGGAGCCAUCAACAACAGCACAGGGCUCCCUGCUCUCUGAUCGAGGCCAGGGAGGUGUCACUAAAGAAGAGGCCGCUCCCACAGUAGGGGGAAUAAUAGCAGCCCCAGGCCUCCCAGUGACAUUAGACACAAACUGCAUCACGCACACUGUCACAGCCAAAAGCCGCUCCCAGGAGAGGGAGGAGAGAGAGGGGAGGAGAUUGGGAGGAAAUAAAACAGUCAGGAUAAGGAAAUUCAAAAGUGAAGCCAGGCUGAGGAGCAAGAAAAUGAAAGAGGCAGAAGGAGAGGAGGGAAGAAGCGUGACAAAUGAAAAGCAUGUCUGUGUCGCUGCGGCACAGAUUGAGGACCCUACUGCUGGGUUAGAGGAGGCAGGCAUUAGCUCAACUGCAGUCAAGCCCCAUUUGUCUGAAACUACCACCACCGCUCACACAUCUGAGGAGAAAUUCCCCUUUGUUUCGUCCACCUGCUCUCCUGACAAAGCUCCCUCCUCAGAGGAGGUGGAAACGGGUGUCCCUGUCAUCCCGGGGGGCUACCUGCAGACCCUGUUAGAUGCUACAGACUCCUCCAGUGGAGCAGCUAUCUCUUAUUUCCCCCAGCAGCCCUCUAGGCAGCAGUAUCCUCUGGGGCUAUCCCUAGAGGAGAAACAGUUUUCUUCUCUGCAGCUCGCUCAGAGUUGCGUCCUCUCUCCUCCCUCUGAGUCAGAGCUCCAGCAGUCUCCUCAGAAUUGCCCCAGCUUCCCCCAGAUGUGGCACCCGCAGCUCUGUGCAAGUCACAGCCAGAGCUUUGGGUCUGAGACCCCUGAGACUCCUAUCUUACCCAACAACUUCCCAACUGCUGUGCCCCUGAAUGACAGCCUGCCAGUGUCUAACUACAGCCAGCUGAGCCCUGAGGCUGACAGGAUACUUUAUGAGAAGAGCUACCUGACUGAGGGUGCGCUGCAGCCUGGGGCAGAUCUGCAAGUGUGUCAGCCUGCCUGUGUGGAGGGCCAGGUGCAAUACCAGAGAGGGUCCCUGUGCACAGACAAUGGCAGGCUCAUCAGCUAUGACUCAGUGGGCUCUCUGUCAGCCUCCUCUAGCAAUUACAGCUCCCUCAGCCUCAAGUCUUGUGAACGAGAGGGUGAGGAGGAGGGACGAGACAGCUUCUUAGCUCAUUGCAGUCCUAAAGUGGUGAUUCAGCAGAGUGUGGACGCCCUUACCCCACUCAGGGAGUCCUCAGACCUGCUGGACAUCUCCAACUUCACCCCUGACAAGUUUAGACACUCAUCACUGUCAGAACUUUCUCCUCCUGAGACCCCUAACCUGUCCCCUCAAGUGGUGGGGCGUGAGAUUAAGAUGGCAGGGAAUGUUGGAGAAUACCAGGAUGUGAAUGACAUGACUAUGGACUGCAAUAGAGAGGUAAAGUGGAACUGUGAUGUUAUGCAGCAACAAGAGCACACAGCAAAUGCAUACACAGUAGAAGACAGCCAGUUUCCGCUGCACAACUUUAACAGUCAGGAUGUGUUAUGUUUGGAUAAAAAGGAGCUGGGAGUUACAGAAUUUGAUGAACAGAAUGGUGAUAUGUUGGCUGGUGAGAAAAACACAAAGUCAAAGAGGAAAGGCAAUUGCAAACAAACAGCUGCAGGACAGAGUCCAAAGAAAGUCCGGGCUCCCAGAGCUCCUAAGUCGGAAAAGGUCAAGACGCCCAAACAGAACUCGCGCUCCACCAAAAAAAUAAAGGCCAUGUUGGAGGGUAAGGCAGCAAAGAACCAGGCAGGUGGUUGUGGCACAGGCCUGGCUGACGGUGGUAGUACUGGGGACUGGUCUGGCACCGGUUGGUCAGAGAGCAACAGCCUGGUUGGGGACGACCAGAGAGAAUUCGAGGAGCCCUCCAAUAUUCUGUCCAACAUUGUAUCUGGCAUGGCUGAGGUCCAAAGGUUCAUGAUGGCCUCUAUUGAGCCACUGUGGAAUCCCAUGUCUGAGGCCUGCAUGCCCUCUGAGGCCAAUAGCCUCAACCUAAAGACCCUCAAAAUCUUGGCAGGCACAGAGGCUGACCUGAAAAAAAAGGGAGCUGUGCUAACAGGAGCUGGAAGAGGCAGAAAGGCAGGGGGCAAGGGAGGAAAAAACCAGGCCAAAUUCAACCCCUCUCAUCCCCUAUUUCCUCAACUAGCUUUGGGCUGUAACAUGUUUGAUAAACCCAACUUUAUUAACCCCGGGCCUGCACACAAAAAGCUGUACCGUCACAAGACCAGUGCAAAGUUUCCUCGGAUUGAGACACUGAAGGGGAAGCGAGCUGAGAGAGACCCAAGUAAGGACAUAGCACUGAUGACCUCUUUUGAGAAACUGAGGUAAUAUUUUGUUAUCAGCUGCUGUUGCACCCCCUUCUCACUUUCCCCCACUACCUGCUCAGCCUUUCCUCCCAAGCAUACAGACGCUAUGCCAGAGCUGCAUGAGUACUACGUUCCCCCCUUGACUACUCCCUCUUCCUUUUAACCCCCCAUCCCGAAGAGGAAAUUAAUAUC